AACAGGUUAUUUAGAAAAGGCGCUUCCUUGCCUCAGUAAGCGGACCUUUUCCCCCUCCUCCUCCUCCUCCUCCUCCUCCUCCUCUUCCUCCUUCAACCUUCAACUACUUUGUUUACGCCUUGGGAACCCGAGGAGGAAUCUUCCGCCGCAGAGUUUACCCAGGCUUUCAGAGCAACGCACCCUACCCGAUGCCUCAGCCCGGCGGCCACCCCGGGGCCCCUUACCCGGGUCCCGCGGGCGGGUACGGAGACCCCGGCCAAGCCCCUCCGGCUGGCUUCAACAUGGGCUACGAUCCAGGCCAAGCUCCUGUCAUGUAUCAGCCGGGUCCCGCCGGGCCGGGCCCGAUGGCGGCCCCGGAGUACGGCGCCCCUCACGGAGGGAUCGCGCCGGCCCCGGUCGGGUCUCCAGCUGUGGUGCCUGUCGGGGUCCCACCGGGGCUCGAGUACCUCACGCAGAUUGACCAGAUCCUGAUUCAUCAAAAAGUGGAACUCCUAGAGGUGUUCAUCGGGUUUGAGACCAACAACCAGUACGAGAUAAAGAACAGUCUGGGCCAAAAGAUCUACAAGGCCAAGGAGAAGAACGACUGCUGCACCAGGAACUGCUGCGGCUCGCUGCGCAGCUUCGACAUGAAGAUCAAGGACAACAUGGACCGGGAGGUCAUCCGCCUCAUCCGGCCUUUCCGCUGCGGCUCCUGCUGGUGUCCCUGCUGCCUGCAAGAGAUGGAGGUCCAGUCACCGCCGGGCACCACCAUAGGCUACGUCAAACAGGACUGGCACCCUUUUCUGCCAAAGUUCUCCAUCCAGGGACCCAACAAGGAGACGUUGCUGAAACUGGACGGGCCUUGCUUCGCCUGCAACUGCUGCGGAGACGUCAACUUUGAGCUGAAGAGCAAAGACGGGGACAAGCCCAUCGGUCGCAUCAGCAAGCAGUGGAGCGGCCUUUUGAAGGAAGUCUUCACCAACACCGACAACUUUGGCAUCCAGUUCCCGCUGGAUUUGGAUGUGAAGAUAAAAGCUGUUCUCAUGGGAGCCUGCUUCCUCAUAGAUUUCAUGUUCUUUGGGACGGAUUAAGGAAUUAAACUAGUGAUACACAUGGAUGAACGUUUUUCUCUUGCAACUCACUUUUCGGUUCCGGAGACUAGACAUCUGGAAGCUGCUGAUGGAGUCCAGAGGAGCAACCUUCCUCCUGAAGACACAGCGGUCCAAAUCACUUAAUUUGACUGGAAAGUUAUACUUUUCAUAAAAUGCAUUCAGUCUGUACCACAAUUAUUUUCAUUUACUAAGAACAAAAAUGCACAUGAGACCAAUAAAAUCAAUUCCAGGAAGCAGAAUUUAGAAAUCUCUAUACAUCAAAUUAAGUUAUUUAAAUAACUUAAGACACAAGCUAAAUUUCAUAUAGCUGAUUGUACGUGUGAACGGUUCCAUUUAAAUAAUGCGUUCCUUUCUCCUCACCUCUUCUCAUUGCCUCUGUGGUGGAACUGGUUCUUCCUUUGGGGAGAAACCUGCUCCGGUGGGGCGAGGAAAGUCUCAGAAUGAGGGGAACGCUUGUCCGUCUCCCCGGCGUCCCCCACGGACAGGUCUCCCUGGUCCGAGCCAUCGUGCGGGUGGAGGAACAUCUCCUGUUCCAGCCAGUUCACCUCCUGCAGGCAAAAACCCUACAAUGACUAGACGGACCGGGGGGGGGGGGGG